CCACCGCCGCUGCUUCUUUUCGGUUUAGGUCUGUGUUGAUAGCGGCUUGAGCUUCCACACGUGCAGUCAUUCCUAUGUGAAUAUCCCUCUUUUGGAUUCCCUCUUAAGUACAUCCUGCUCCGUCACAAUAGGUGUAAAGCCAUAGAAACCGACGAUCAUGGGGGCAUAUCUGUCGCAGCCUAACACGACCAAGACCUCAUCCGAUGGCGGCAACUGCAACAUGAGCUACGGUUUCUCUGCCAUGCAGGGCUGGCGGGUCUCCAUGGAGGAUGCCCACAACUGUAUCCCAGAUUUUGAUGAGGAGACGGCCAUGUUUUCUGUGUACGAUGGACAUGGAGGCGAAGAGGUGGCUCUGUACUGUUCCAAGUAUCUUCCCGAGAUUAUCAAAGAGCAGAAAACCUACAAAGAUGGCAAACUUCAAAAGGCACUGGAGGAUGCCUUCUUGGCCAUUGACAGUAGAAUGACCACGGAGGACGUCAUCAAGGAACUAAUCCAGAUCGCUGGUCGGCCUACCGAGGAGCCUCCCGCUGAAAAAGUGGCGGAGGAGGAUGACUUGGAUACGGAAGAAGCGGCUCUGCUCCACGAAGAAGCUACCAUGACCAUCGAGGAGCUGUUGGUCCGCUACGGCCAGAACCGCAGCGCAGUCAAACACGCUGCUGCCAUCAGUGCAGCAGCAAAGAAGGCAGCAGGAGACAAGAAUGAAGGUGGGGAGGAUCCGAAGAAAGAAGGGUUAAACGGGGAGGUGGAGGAGGAGAGCAAUGGAAAAGUGAAGGAAAGUGAAGGAGCAUCGUGCGGGUCAAAACUGCGAGCUCGUCGGAGAACUGGAGGAAGCGAAGGCAGCGCUGCAGCAAGCGACUCCGCCGGGUCUGGAAGCUCCAAUGGAGAAGAAAAGGUUGGUAAGGCUGAAGGAGACGCAGGUCCUUCCUGCUCCUCUUUGUCCUCGAAGGCGGCAGGAGAUUCCAAGUCCAGGUUUUUCGAUGACAGCGAGGAGUCUGAAGAGGGAGAGGAAGAAGAGGGCAGCGAUGAAGAGGAUGGGAGCGAAGAGGAAGAGGGUGACAGCAGUGAAAUGGAGGAAGAGGAGGAUACGGAGGAGGGAGAGGAAGACUCUGAGGAUGAAGAAGAGGAGGAAAUGUGUCUGCCUGGAAUGGAUGGCAAAGAGGAGCCCGGCUCAGACAGCGGCACCACAGCUGUCGUAGCUCUGAUCCGAGGGAAGCAGCUGAUCGUCGCCAAUGCUGGAGACUCUCGCUGCGUUGUGUCCGAACACGGGAAAGCUGUGGACAUGUCGUACGACCACAAGCCAGAGGACGAGGUGGAACUCGCUCGCAUCAAAAACGCCGGCGGCAAAGUGACCAUGGACGGACGUGUCAACGGGGGACUGAACCUCUCCAGAGCAAUCGGCGACCACUUCUAUAAGAGGAACAAAGCUCUACCGCCAGAGGAGCAGAUGAUCUCUGCAAUGCCAGACGUCAAAGUUCUGACGCUCAACGAGGAACAUGACUUCAUGGUCAUUGCCUGCGACGGCAUCUGGAAUGUGUUGAGCAGUCAGGAGGUGGUGGACUUCAUUAGUGAGAGGAUCAAACCAGACCAGGAUGGCAAAGCCAGGCCUCUCUCAUCCAUUGUGGAAGAGCUGUUGGACCACUGUUUGGCACCCGACACGUCGGGAGACGGUACGGGAUGCGACAACAUGACCUGCAUCAUCGUUACGUUCAGGCCUCACCCGUCUGCGGCGCAGGCCGAAGACACGAAGAAGAGGAAGCAGCCAGAGGAGGCAGAGGGGACCUCGCUGGAGGAGAACGGAAAUGACAGCAAGAAAGCAAAGAGUGACUAAAGAGAGCGAAACUGAGAGGGAGCAGCUGGUCCCAGGCCACCCCAAAUACACCAGAGAGACCCCCACCCCUCCACCCCUCCACCCCAUCCUCCAAGAGUAAAUCCUUACCUGACAGCCACAAUCUCACUCAGAGACAGACGUUAUGAAGGCGAAAUAUAAGCUCAAAGAUAAGCUGAACUAAAACCAUCAGUAUAGUUUAGUGCUCUGUUCUUGGUGGAUUUACAUUUCAACACACCCUGCAGGUGAUCUUUUCUUUUUGUCUUUUUUUUUUUUUUUGGAUCCAGUUGAGAUGUUACUGGAUUCAUUUUUAGUUCCUAAAUUCAGCAGAGGCAGACACACCAUUGGAAGACAUGCUAAAAA